UUGUAAAUCGUGGAGGCUGGAAUGAAAGUGAAAUCCUCACAAUGCUGUCAUGUAGUGAGGCUGGUGGCGAUAUCGCAGACUGGUUGAUCAGCAUUCAUCUGGAGCAGUACGCUGACCAUUUCAAACAAUCUGGUUACUUCACUGUAGGGGACUGUAAAAAUUUGAACAAUGAGAUUCUUCUUCAGGUUGGGAUUGCUCCAACAGGACAUCGUAAAAGAAUACUGAAACAUUUGAGCUCUGUGUUCGCGGAAGCAGAUGCAUCGAUUGUAUCUAAAAGUCCUGAUAAAUCGUUAACCAGAGACUCUGAUUUAGAGAGUGAUAAUCGGGGCUUUACUUUACAUAGCCCAAUUAAAAUUAGUGAUAGAGAAGUCGAGGAAGCUGAAAGAAGUGUUUCUGUAUCAAAGCUGAGAACGAUGUUUGUUGCAGGUGGCGUAACUUCAGACCGUACAGACCCAGUGAACAUUGAUGGAGGUAUUAACUCAAAAAACAAAAUUCCAUUUCCCCAAAUGCAGGGGAUUGAAGUGCAGCAGAAAUUUCCGGUUAGUAAAAACCUGAAAAUAGAUGCAUCUGAGCCAGGUGAUGCCUGUUUCAAUUUAUGUGAACCACACGAUAAUGUGGAUAGCAGACCACCACUUCCACCACGGGUUCAUCAGGGCACCCCACCACUCAAAUUCACUGCAGAUAGGAUGUCACUGUCUUCUUGCUCUGUUGAUUUCUCAUAUUUUUCCCUAACAAAUGAACAGACAACCUCUGUGGAAAUGCAAAGUUUAACCAGAACUCCGCCAGACUCGCCACUCUUUGAAUUUCAAGGUGAAAUGGUACUGAACGAUUUGUAUGAUGGAAGGCUGGACAGCUCUGAGCAGGUUACUUCAUGUCUUGUGAAGGCAUCUGAUCUUCGAAACAGGCCAGUGCCACAGCUCCCUGGCCUGUAUGCAACACAUGGAGUUACACUACAGUGUACCGGCAACAGUUCCUUACUGAAAAGGAGAAACCUCAACCUUUCACAUAUCUCCAGUUGUGAGGUUCCACAGAACCUGCUGUCGGAUGCAGCAGAUAAAAAUAAGUCAACGCCUAUCAGCCCAUAUGGGGAAACGUUCUUAUACCACAGACCUGAAGAUGACCAGGAGAUUUUAAGCAAUCAUCAUCAUCAUGGUAUGGAAACAUCAAUGAGAGAGAAUAAUGAACCAGAGAUAAGGAAUCAAUUAAGGGCCUACCAUGAUGCAAAAUUGUGCAACAGCAAUAUUGAGCAGAUAUUCUCACACUCAGAACGCUGUACACCAGACAAUGAGCCUGAGAUGGAAUAUUCUACAGUCCACGACAGUAGUUGCAAGCUGAGGUCAGCUGACCAGGCAGUGUCUAAAGACUGUUGCAACAUUCAAGCAGCAUAUAAGCAAAGUUUUAUGCACAGGGAGGAUCGCAUGCUGCCAUUUGGUGUCACAGGAGAAUCUACUUAUGAUGCAACAGAUGUUGAGCAUGAAUCAAUAUCACCCUAUGCUUGCUUCUAUGGUGUGGCAAAGAAGACAAAAGAAGGUUGGCUGGAUAAACUCUCACCACAAGGGAAUUGUGUGUUCCAGAAGCGAUGGGUUAAGUUUGAUGGAGAGAAUUUGUCGUACUACAACAAUGAGAAGGAAAUGUACUCAAAAGGAAUAAUCCCACUUUCUUCAAUAAACACAGUCCAUGGGUUGGGAGAUAACAAGUUUGAGGUGGUUUCCUCCAUCAGAACUUUUACUUUUAGAGUUGAGAAAGAAGGUGACAGAGAUGACUGGAUAGACACACUUCUCAGUGCAUUAAAAUCACAGUCUAACAUCCUUUCUCAACUGAAUACUCGAUGCGCUGUUACAUCUGAUAAAUUUGGUCAUCUUGAGCUAAGGGGCUACAAAGCUCGAAUUUUUGUUGUAUUGAGAGGCAGCAACAUUUGGCUUUAUAAAAGUGAACAGGAUUUUAAAGGUGGAAUUGGUAUUACAAUGGUAAACACAAGUGUGGCAACAGUCAAAGAUGUUGAUCGUAAAGGUUUUGAAUUAUCUACUCCAUUCCGAAACUUCAGCUUCACAGCGGAAUCAGAACGAGAGAAACAAGAAUGGAUUGAAGCUAUGCAAGGAUUGAUAGCAGAAAGCCUUUCAGAUUAUGAAGUGGCAGAGAAGAUCUGGUUCAACGAGUCUAACAGAAAUUGUGCAGAUUGCCGUGCACCAGAUCCUGAAUGGGCAUCCAUCAAUCUAGGUGUUGUCAUCUGCAAAAAAUGUGCAGGUCAGCAUCGAUCAUUGGGAUCAAAUAUUUCCAAAAUUCGAAGUCUGAAGUUGGAUACUAGUGUUUGGAGUAAUGAACUUGUUGAGCUUUUCAUUGUGGUAGGAAAUGAAACAGCCAAUGCUUUUUGGGCAGCCAACCUCAAAGCAGGUGAAGAAUUGGAUAUGGAUGCUCCACCAAACCAUCGCCUCGAAUUCAUCACUCAAAAAUACAAAGAAGGAAAAUUUCGAAAAAAACUCUCUUUUUUAAACCAGGAAGAACUAAACAAAGCUUUGUGUCAAGCAGUCGUGAAACAGGGUAUCUUGGAGACUAUGUCACUUGUUUUCAGUGGGGCAGAUGUCAUGUGCGCAACAGGAGAAGCCACUCAUUGUACCCCUUACCUGUUGGCACAGAAAGCUGGCCAGCGGUUGCAAAUGGAGUUUCUGUUUCAUAAUAAACUCUCAGUACUUCCAAAGAUUGAUGCACUGUCUAAAGCUGGCUUCGAUUCUAAUAACUCUCAGUCCAGCUUUCUGUGUGGUUUCCUGUACAAGGCUAUCAACACUACAAGAACGGUUACUGAGAAAAGGUUGAAGGAAGAAUUCCAUAAGCGAUGGUGUACCCUGGAAGGUGGAUUCCUCAGUUAUUAUGAAAAUGACAAGUCAGCCACGCCGAAUGGGAGGAUUGAUAUCAGUGAGGUCGUCUGCUUAGGAGUGGCCAAGUCUGAUCUUACAUGGGGCCCUGGGGUAAGUUCUACGUUUGAGGUGUUUUUGCUGUCAGAACGUGUCUUCUCCUUUGGAACUGAUAAUGUUGAAAUUCUAAAAGACUGGACCCGGGCUAUCUCCAAGUUUUUUGUACCUGCAGUGGUAGAAAUCCUGUCCAGGAGAGACUAUGAACUGAUUGGUCGACUCUUCUACAAAGAUGUGCAUGACCUAGAACACUGGAAAGCGGGCUGGUUUGCAUUAGAGAAAUCACAACUCUACUUCUGUCCUGAGCAGGACAUGGCUGAAGAGGAUUCAGUACAUUUAAAGAGGCUGCAAGAACUUACUGUCAGCACUGAGAUUGAGAAGCACAGUGAGAAGAGGGACGUCUUACUACUGGUAGAAAAAGGAAGAACUUUGUACAUCCAUGGUCACACGAAGCUGGAUUUCACAGUCUGGCAUACGGCCAUCAGGAAAGCAGCAGGUACAGAUGGUAAUGCACUACGAGACCAGCAGCUCAGCAAAAAUGACAUUCCUAUCAUCGUGGACAGCUGUAUAGCGUUUGUUACACAGUAUGGGCUUGGCUGUGAAGGAAUUUACCAAAAAAAUGGCACACCAUCACGAGUUAACCUGCUUCUGGAUCAAUUUAGAAAAGACGCCAGAAAUGUGAAGCUGAGAAUUGGGGAACAUCAGCUGGGUGAUGUGGCGGAUGUGAUGAAGAGGUUUCUAUUCGAAAUAGAUGAUGCUCUACUUACCAAGGAGUUAUAUCCAUAUUGGUUGUCUGCAUUGGAUGUACAAAAUGAAAAGGAAAGACUGGAAAAGUACCGAAUGUUAAUACAAACAUUACCACGAGUCAACCGGGUUACUCUUGCAGCCCUGAUUGGUCACCUCUACAGGGUGCAGAAAUGUUCAAAGAUGAAUCAGAUGAACACACACAGUUUGUCCCAGGUGUUUUCACCCUACUUAUUCCAAACAGAAGGUCAAACUAAGCAAGAAGUGAAUGUUACAGAGGAUCUUAUCAAUUUGUAUGUUCAACUCUUUGAUGUUAAUGAAGACCAGGUGAAACAGAUGGAGAUAGAAAAUAGCUUCAUAACGACAUGGAAAGACACACAGGUUGUGCAAGCUGAGGACCUGCUCAUUGAGGUGUACGUGGGGAACAAGGAACCUGAUUGUUGCUGCAUAAUUAGGGUUUCUCCAACCAUGACAGCAGAAGAAUUAACUCAAAUUGUUCUCGAAAUGAAAAGCGUUGUUGCCGAUGAGAAGGUUGUCUGGGCGCCAUUUGAAGUUAUAGAGAACGGAGAGCUUGAACGAUUACUGCACUACAGAGAGAAUGUUCUGGAACAGGUUCUCCAGUGGAGCACACUGCCUGAGCCUGAAUCUGCUUACUUGAUCAUAAAACAGUUUUCAGCAGCAAAUGCCAUCAAAAAGUACCUCGCAGAGAAUAUCAAAGAUCUUGGGAAAGCAGGGAUUCUGAAAUGGAGAGAAGAGCCAUGUAAAUUGUUAUCUGGAAAUAAAUUUCAGGAACGUUACUUUGUCCUGCGGGAUGAAAAGCUGCUCCUUUACAAGGAUGUGAAGAGCAAUAAAACAGAAAGAGAAGUUCCUGUGAAAUCCUUAAAACUCUACCUUGGCCUGAAAAAGAAACUGAAGCCUCCGAGUAGCUUCGGCUUUACACUUUAUUCAGAAAAACAACAGUGGUUUUUGUGCUGUGAUAAGGAAGAUGCACAUGUAGAAUGGUUAGCUAGUUUGCUCAAUGCACAGCAUGAAGGUGACCUAUGGCGGCUUGAUGGAAAAUUACAUAUUUCAUCGACGAUACUAAAUGCAAAACUUGGCAGCAUGGGUUUAACUCCAGUCCAAAAAAAGACUGAUGGAAGAAAAGUGGAACAAGCACAAAAGGACUCCAGGAAGUUGAAGUUGAAUGAUGUCCUUCAUCAGACACUUUGUGGAGAUACACAAGGGAGAUCUCAUCAGUUGGCUGCCUGCCUACAACACUCAGAGGUUUUGUCUGCUGAUGGACAGGAUCCAAAUAGGCCCACUUUACGCCCAGGUCAAACUCGUGCAACACAAAGCAACACAAAGUUAAGACGCUGUCAAGGAUCACAGUAUCCAGGUCAAGGCGAAGGCACUCUUAAUAAAAUGGUUUUUGGAACUGAUACAAAAUUACAUUCACAACUCAUGCAGGAGCUGAACAAUGUCUUUCUAAAAAGUAGUCCACCGGUAAAGAAUGAAUAAGUUUUUGUCAGUGGCGGUUUGCUGUUGCCUUCCAUUCUCGGGCAAGGCGAGGAAGCAGACCUCAGGUCUACCUCAGCUGAAAGGGAAUCAAACCCGCGCUGUUGGCAUUAUUCUGGACCACACGCUAGCCAUCUCGCCAACUGAGCUAACUGGUACCCUAGCUCAUCAUGCUCGUGACAUUUUGAUAGGAAAUUACAUUUGUUAUUCAAGCAAAUUGGAUUUGCAGCACUAUAAUGCGCUUUUUGAUCCUUGCCCUCAACCUUUGAGAGCGCUUGCUUUUACGAUUGUCUUGGUUUGCAGAAGUUUUAAUCACUUGAUUCAUAGAAUUUACUAGAUUUCGUCAAUUGAAAAAGGGCUUGCAUUUAUGUAGCACCUUCCAUGACCCCGUGUCGCCCCGAAGUGCUUUGCAGCCAAUGAAGCACUUUUGAAGUAUAGCCACUGUUGGGAUGUUGGAAAAAAAGCAAAAAGCAAGUCUGAAAUCUGAAUGUUUGUUGCUGGUUAUUAUAUGUCAUAUAUGAAAUUGUUCUUAUUUUGCUUUUUUAACACUAACAAUAGAUGUAUAAUUCAUAUAACUAUUAUCUGUUUCAUACUUUGAAAGUAUAAUGAUCAAAUUUAUACUGGUCUGUCUAACAAAAUUCAUCAUUGAAUAUUAUUAUCUAACUGAGAGUAUUUCAUAAAAAGGCAUGCGCUAGUUUAAUAUAAUGCUGAUUUAACUGCUUCAAAAUAUGCCGCCCCAUUGCAUUUUCAAACCAGCGAGCUUGUAUUUAUUAUCCCUUGUAUAUUUUACAGUCCAGUAAGAUGUUUAAUCAGAUUUAUAUUCAAACUUCAAAAAUAAAAUAGAGCCACAUGGGCCCCUGGUGACCUUCACCAUUGACACCAGACUAUGUGGAUUCAAUGGGUGAUCAUCAAACUUGUUUCUGAAAAAUGCUAAUGCCAGUAGGGGUGCAUCAAGGGCAACUGCCAGUCCGUGCAGACUGGUCUCCCCCACCUCCCCCACCCCUGCCCCCAAUCCUCCGGAGAACUUUGGUGAGACCUAUAGCCCAUGUUGUAACAAGUCUGAUAAUAGGACUGAAAAAAAAAUGUUGACAGACACUUUCACUGUCCAGUGCAGAAUCCAGGCAAAGACCAUCAGGGGUACUCCACUUUCUGUAGGGUAGAGGCUAGAAUCUCACCUCGCCAAGCAUGCCAGCCACCACCAAGCUGCUGAAUAGCAAAACCCAUGUGGUCUGGAGUCUGAAGUUGAAAUGAGUCUGGAGUGCAUGAUCCUGCCCCCUCUUCAUUACUGGCUCUGGAAGGGGACAGCAGGGACUCCACACCAUACAAGAUCAUAUGGAAGUUAAUAUUAACUUUACAACUUGGUGUAUUUGUGCCAUGGCCUAGUUUGAGACCUUUGCAUAUUACCCUGGCAUUGCAGGGAGAGUCUAUUGGAAAGGCAAUGGAAUUUGAAUUUGUGAUGUCCCUUUUGCAAUGGUCUGAAAUUUGUAUGGUUGUAACUGCUUAGUUCCACAUACACACACUAUCCUAUCAUCUGAAUAGUCCCCAAAUACUAUUGAGGAAUUUCAGGGAAUUAGUGUGCUAUCUAUUCACAUUUAAGUCUUAGCUUUGAAUGUAGACUGAAUUGUCUCUCCAGAUCCUUCAACAAAUUAGUGUGGUUAGUUGCAGGUUAGUUGCUUUUUGGAGUGAGCCACAACCUAAGAUUGUCCAAAGUUUAUUGGACUACCAAUCCGAAAAGUUUGAAACGGCACAUUGAAAAGUGCUUUUUAGAGGAUUGAGCUAUGAUGUACUUUUAGGCAUAGUUAAAAAAAAUCACUGCAUUUAAAUUAUUCCAUACCUGACGUGAAAUUGGUUAAAAAUCCCCCAUCUAACUGAGCCCAUUCUAACCUUGAGGGCUGUGGAAACUCAGUCAUUGUGUUAAUGCAAGACAGAGAUCGAAACAUUUCUAGAUAUGAAAGAUAUCAAGGGAUAUGGGGAUAGUGCAGGUAAAAAUACAAUGAGGUAGAAGAUCAGCCAUGGUCUAAUUGAAUGGCGGAGCAGGCACGAGGGGCUGAAUGGACUACUCCUGCUCCCAUUUUAUAUGUUCCUAUGCUCUGUUAUGAAGCCCAACUUGACCUCAGCUGUAUUUCUUAAGGCAAGAACUUCAACUCCUGACGGAGCCUGGAGCUUAUGCACCUGCACACACUGGGAGCAUGCUGCACAUGUGCAGUUCUGCAAUUUUUAAUGUUCUUUCAGCUUAGCACACAUGUGCAUGAAGAUAAACAGCGCGAAACCCCAGUCAGAUGACUAGAAGUGGAGCGCCGUCAAGGAUAAAAGUCCCAGGCAGGGGUCAGGGACAGGAUAAGGUCCCAGUUCAGUUAAAAAGAAAGGAACAGAGAGACAGCCUCCAAAGAGGAAAAAGGCUGCAGGGAGCAGACUUUAUGUGAAGAGAGCUCAAGGGAAACCCUGGUCAUUGAAGAGGGCUGAGGAGAAGCCGAGAAGGCCCAAGAAGGCAGUGGAAGGUUGGUGACUGCAGGCCAUGGGGUGAAGGUACCCUUUUGGAGCAAUAGUGUUCUGCUCAGCACAGACGAAGAGCUGAAGUUGUGUUUGUAAGUUUGUGCUUGAAUGCGUACUCUGGGAUCCAGGGGAACACAAUCUUGGGAGACAAUAUUAAAACCCUGUGAGGUGGGCCAUCAUUGAUGCUGCCUGAGUCGGAUCAGCUUUUGGAGAGAAUUUCCAGCUAAAUCUUUGAAGAAUUCCCAGGUUAGGUCUUUAAAAGUGAAGACUGGAAUCUCUCAUGAGAGAGACUGAGUUUCAACAAAAUUGGGUGGGUGUUUGAGAAAACUGUGGAAUCUGCCAUGGUCUCAUCUGUCAUUUAUUGUGAAGUGUGGUGUGUUCGAUCACAGUUUGUUUGUCAAUUCGCAUGUACCUCAAAUUAACCCUGAAUGUUAGAGUAUAAGAUAGAUAUUGUUAAUUGUUUUAUCUUUCUGACCUUGUGUAGUAAAGUUUAUUUUUGUUUGCUCAACACCUGUGGAAUCUCAUGGCAUUGUAUUAUUAGCAAAUGUCUUGAAUCUCAAGCUUUGUCUACUUUAAACAAACAUUAUUGGCCCCUAACCAAAUCUGACCAAAAACUUGGAGGUCUGGUCUAGGAUCAUUACAGUUCCUAAUGUACAGCCCCUAAAAAUAGAAACCUGGAAUUCCCAUGCCAGUUCUCAGAUUGUCUGCCAUAUCUUUUGCCAGAAACCAGGUAAAUGACCUUCAUAUGGUUUUUGCCAAAUUUACAGGGAGAACUCAAGAAAGCAAGUAUAGAAUAAAAUGGAUUUGCUUUCUUUAUCAUGAUGUGUAUCACAUUAUGUCACCUUGGCUCAGUAGGUAGCUCUCUUGUCUGUAGGUCAGAAGAGUGUCCAUUUAAACAACACAUUGGUCCAUGACUUUAUAAUCUAGGUUGUUGACACUCCAGAGUGAUACUUAGUUACUGCAAUCAUGGGAUCAUAGAAUCAUACAGCAUGCAUGUCUGUGCCAGUUCUUUAAAUGAAUUAUCCAAUUAGUCACACCCCUUGCUCUUACCUUGUAGCCUUGCAAUUUUUCCUUCUUAAGUAUAUAUCUACAUAACUUUACUGUUGAAUCUACUACCAACACCUUUUUAGGCAGUGUAUUCCAGAUCAAACAACUCUGUUCAUCUCCCUCCCUGGCACUUCUGCGAAUUAGUGUUCAGCGUAAUGUCCAAUGUUUAGCCAAAUGUGAAAGAUUUCAUGUCCUUGAGCAAUGCUACCACAAAACAGAUUGACUAGCCAUUCACCUCAUUAGGAUUUUGCUCGUGCAUCCAUUUGCCUACAGAACAAGUGACUACACUCGAGAAAAUAAUUUGCUUUGAGACACUUUGUAUCAUAUGUCGCAAUAUAUAAAUUCAAACAUCGUUCUAGAGCUCACGAAUGAUGUAAUCAUAUGGCUUUAUAUUAACAAUAUGUAUAGAAUCAAGUAGAUGAUAUCUGUGAUUUGCAUGCUUAGUUGCAAAAGAAGUACUUUUACAAUGAAUUAGGAGGGUAAUGAAUUCAUUGUGUUCUCUCUUACAUAAAAGUAGUGAAUUUGCUGAUGUUGGAAAUGGUAUGCAGUCUGAGGUUUAAGAAUUACAUUUUUCAGCAAUUACAUUCCUCUCCUCCAAUAAUUUGUAAAUAAUGAUCCAUUCUUAUGAAAUUAUUCUGCCAAAAGAUUUUGUAAAAUAAAAACUUCAAGAAUCCUAUUCACCUGUAAUAAAAUGUAAAUUUGUGGAUGAUCUUUUUCAGCCGUUCACUCCAUUUUGAAUAGUCCAUAUUUGCACUAAUGUAAGGUGGAGUUUACCCAUUGUUGCAACAGUGUACAAGAUGGUACAGUUUCAGCCUUAAUAUGUUAGAUUAUGGCAGCACCUUGUGAAAACAUUGCAAUAUCACUCUGCUAAUAGAGAAUUGUAAAGUUGACAGAAAAAAAUCAUUUGAAAUUUGUAAUACAGAUGCUCAGUUAUAAAAAUGCUGCAAGGGCUGAAGUGUUUUCUCAAUACCUCCUGUGGAUUCGCCCCUUAACUAGAAGAGAAGUAAAUCUUGAGUUCAGCAGUUUCUGCUCAGGCUGAUGAACACUGACAGUUGGAGACACAGUCAUGAAUUGCAUAUAUAGUAAUCAGUCAUUGCUAGGACCAAGAAAGAAAAAGAGGCAGUUAGGCAUUUCAAGCUCAUGAAUUUAACAUUGUGCUGUAAAUAAUACAACAGCCCAGACUAGCAGAAGUUUAACUGCCUAUCAGAAUCUCAAACUGACUGUGGCCUAAGUCCUUAUUGGUAUCACACGGAUGCACUGUUUGGCAGCAUGGAUUUCACUUCUAUUCCGUUAAUAGUUUUGUAUAUUUUAAGAGGUUCUCCAUCCUCUUAGUUGCUUCCAGCAACUAAUUAUGAGUUGGCAAGCAAAGACUGAUGGUUGAAUUGCCACCUGUCACACAGUAUAAAAGUGCAGUGUUACCAUUCUAAAGAAACUUACUGCAGUGCAGAUUUCACUCCCUAUUGACAUGUGCAAGUGGAAUUUUGCCAAGGGUCCCUGGUUUCCCAGCAUGAUUUAGGCAGAGGUUGGUGGAAACCCCUGGGAAAUGACAGUAGUGGCCUUUCUGGCUGUUUCUCCUUUUCCAGUGAAAUUCUGGAGGGAGAUUGGAAAAUGAGUUGUGUAGUUGCUAGGUGUUAGCACUGAGAAAUGCCAAUUUUGGACUGGACCUUAGUGGAAAGAGACCAAGAGAACUGUUCUUGGUUUGAGUUUAGGUUAUGCAUUCCACACCUGCGAAGAAAUGGACAAACAGCAAACUAUGGUAUUAUAUAUAAUCAUAGAACGAUAGAGGGCAGAAGGAGGCCAAUCGGCCCAUCAUGCCAGUACCAAAUUGAAAUUUAGCAAAAUUAAAUCUUUGGCUUUCAGUUGAUAGAUAUUUAGUGAUAUAAAUUUGGCCAAUAAGUGUAUUAAAUGAUAAACUAAUUACAAGAGAAAUUAGAGCUAUUUAAAUCGUUGAAUAAAAUGCCAAAUUAGUUUUCAUAAUGCAGAAGGUUCAUGUUUUAAUUUAUUAAUCAACGUUGCCUUUUUGUUGGACUACAAGAAGCUGUUUAUGCUUUGAAUUUUAUGGUUAGCGACAAAAUGACAGUGCUGACCUCGAAGAAACCAGCCACAAACAUCGAUCUAUCUGUGGCAUGGAUUUAACCAUUCCUAACAUGAAUUUCAUUCAGGUGAUAGCUAAUGGCACCUUCAGCAUCCAGCAACAAUGAUCUCAUCAAACAGGCUAAGGAACCAAUCACACUGAAGAAUUUUCACAAAGCAAGCCAGAAAUUAUAAAGCGCUGAUUACACUUCAUUUUUAAUCAUUUUACAGAGGGUUAAAUGAAGAUGGUGAUAUAACAUAGGAUUAAAAUAGUAGCUGAAAUAUUAUAAACUAUUUUUGAAAAAUUAAAUCUAUAUACAUUUUUAUCAUAAUGGAGAAUGCUGACAUCCAACAAAUAUAAAAUCAGAUUUUUUUCUGGGCCAGAGAGGUAGUAAAUAGUAAUUGCGGCCUAAAUUUCCAUAAAGAGAGACAGGGACUGCGGUUUAUCCAAAAUAGCGCCAGAGACCCGAAUACAAAAGUCAUUUUAACAGGGGCAGGUUGCACUUUGGACAAGUGCGGUACAUGGUGCCAGUUGCACAUAUAAUACUGCAGCUGCCUUCAGUCAGAUCUGAUUUUCAAAAGGAAGGAGUGGGAAAUAAGACUUGUUCACUUUGACUUAUCAGGAGAAGUUAUAAUGGUUGGAGAGGUAAGGUACCCUUUUGGAUGUAUCCAGGAACCCCUUAGGAUAGUUCUGAAAAUUUGCAGGAACUGCCACAGAAGUGGUAAAAAAUCAAUCAAAGGUGCCUGGCUUUAACCGAAGGGAGUUGGAGGAUGGAUCUGCUGGACUUAAAAGGGUAAUUUUUUUGCCCCUACUGACUCAGGUACCCAGAUGGCAGAUGGAUAAUGUGCAGAGAAGGGAGCAUUGUACCAAAGAAGAGACAAAACGGGGAUGGCACCUCCACACAUUGACCAUGUUCACUUUCAUCUAUGCUGCCAAUGUGAGGUCAAAGGGAGAGCACAGGCCAGGAGAUAUGAGCAGUGCAGCACACACCAGGAAGGAGGACAUCCAGGUUUUGCCCUCAAGGAAGGGUGUACCAAUCUUGGAGGUCACAUCUCACUAUGACUGAAAACCAAUGUAGAAGGCGGCUGAGGUUAAGUUGAAAAGUGAUCAUUGACAUAUGUAACGUGGUAAAACAACAGCUUGAACCAGUCUGUCAAUCCUCAUGCCCUGCCAAUGGCUGUCAAGGUUACCGAGGCUAUAAAUGUUUAUGCAUCAGGCUCUUUCCAGGGCUCAGCAGGAGGCCUUUGUGGAAUCUCAGAGUCAGCCACACAUAGCUGCAUCAAGGCAAUCACUGAUGCUCUGUUUGGGUCAGGUGGGGAGCACAUUCACUUCAUGGUUGAUGUGGCAUCUCAGACAGAGAUCUUCGGAGUUUGCACUAUUAGCAGGCCUCCCUCAGGUGCAGGAGGUUAUACAUUGCAUCCAAAUCACUCUAAGGGCUCCAAUUCAACAGCCACACACCUUUGUGAACCAAAAGUCAUUCUAUUCCCCGAAUAUGCAGGUUGUGACAACAGCAAGGUUUUCCUGCAUGACUGCAAGGUUCCCUGCUAAUUAUCAUGACUCCUUCGUACUGAGGAGUACUCAACUGCCUCCACUUUGUCAGCCACCUAUGCAGAUCCAUAGUUGGCUUCUGGGGAACAAUGGCUACUAACCUUUAAGGAGGGGAUCAAUGACCCCCUUCAGGCAGCUGCAAACUGAGCCAAAACUGAACUAUAACUAUACCCAGGAUACAAUGGAGCAGGUAUUGGCAUUCUCAAAUUGUGCUUCAGGUACCUUGACCACUCAAGUGGAGCUCUACAGUAUUUCCUUUCAAGGGUGUCCUGAAAGCAGUAGCGUGCUGCAUGCUGCACAAUAUUGUGCGGUGGAGGGCCAUACAACUGGAAGGGGAAGAAGCCAUGUCUGGAGCUCCAACAUCUGAAGAGGAAGAUAAUGAAGACGAGGAGGUGAAUGCCCAUGUCCAUUCUCAGGAAUCUGAGACGGAGAAGGAGGAGGAGGGUGACAAUGGCAGAGCAGCUGUGGUGCAUGUGUAGCCAUAGUUGAUUCUUUGCAGAAGGGUGUCUUCGCCAGUCUCUUCAUACUAAUCCAAAAUAGAUUUAUCUAGAGUCCUGCAAUCUCACACUUACCAUCAGCCAAUCCCUGGAGAGCAGUUUCUACAUUAGAAACAUUUCAAAUGGAAGGCACAGUUCCUCAUGGAAAUGCCCAUCUCCAACAAUAGAGAAAACCAACAUCAAGGAGUUUAACCUGGUUACAUAAAAAUGGCUGAAAUUAUCACCAGCAUAACCAUUAGCCUCGAUAUAUUGUAAACACACAACUUGACCAAUCUUCCACAACCUGGGCCCUUCACAUUAUUGCCAAUUCCUGUCAAUGAGGUGCCAAAGCCACCACCCUGUGCCAACUUAAACCAUUCCCACAAUGCUGAGAGUGCCAGUAGGAAGCAUGACUUCACACCCAAUACCUGCUGAUAUGAUUAUAUGUGCGAACAGAGAUGCAGCUAAUGCACAUUGUGCAGGGUGAAGCCACGACUGUGCUGGACCAGCUGUUUGAAUAACUUUCUGCAUUAUCCAUUCAUCUCCAUGGUGCAGUUUCAGGAGUGGACAACAUAUGCAACAUGCAAUGCUGCCAAAAACCUUGACUCCUUCUGGCACCUGGAAGAGCAAGGCUUCCAACGUAUUGAAAACAGAAAAUGCUGGAAAAACUCAGCAAGCCUAGCAGCAUCUGUGGAGAGGGAAGCAGAGUUAACAUUUCGAGUCGAACAUGACUCUUCUUCGGAACCUGUCCUGGGAGCGAAAACUCAGGUCUGUAAGUCAGUAUGCCGUUUAAAAAUCCAUUGCAUGUCAUUCAACAAGGGGCAGCUUUUACAAGGGUAUUUACUGGUGAGACUACAUAGCAUAAAAAGUGGAAAGUCAUGUCAAUCAAGAGAUUGGUAAGAUCCCCAUUUGGGAGGACUUGAACAGUGCACCCAGUGCAGGAGCAGCGAAUCACUGAGAGGAACUUCUGGAUGACCAUGCUGUAACUGGACAUGUGAGAAGUUGCUGCUAGUUCACAUUUGUAAUGACAGUAAACAGAAAGUGUCACUGUCAUUACAACCCAAAAUCUGGGCCAAUGUUAUUAACCAUGUGGUCCAUUUGGGAAUUGAUUAUGCGACUUGAGAGUUUAAUCUGUGGUUUAAGACACCAGAGAGUUAAUAAUUGAAAUAACAUUAUGAUUAACCAUGGCAUCAUGACUUCUGUGAACAUUGGAAAUGACAUUUUUAAUUUCCCAAAAUCGGAAACCGAUUCUCCAGUUGUGCAACAAUAUGAGAAAGAGCAGUGGGUUGACACUAUAUAUUAUGUAGGAAAGUGUCAAUUAGGGAAGUGAGGGUGAAACUUAUCUGACCUUUGUGCAGGUAAUCUGAUCCUCAAUAAAAAUGUUAUUUUUUAUUAGAUUAUGAACACAUAGAUGUUGAUAAAUGGAGUGUAUAUAGAUAUAAGAGCGAGCUGAGUUUCUGUAAUAGAAUACAAACUGCCCACUCAUGUAUAACUAAUGCUGCUACUGCCUUGUUUUAUUGGUAGAUGGGCAAUUACUGGUUUAUUUUAGACAUUAAAUAAUGCAGAGAUUUUUGUACUGGUGAUGCCUCAAGGUGAAUUAUGCAGCUGUCGUCCAUAAUAUUAAUGUAAACAACAGUUCUUUUGUAAUGGCUAAUUUGUCUAUUUUGUCAAGAUGGAUAAUGAUAGAAAAAUAGGAAUGUACAUUCUAUUUUUAUAAGUAUGUGCUUUUUGAAAUUAUACAUUUAUCGCAAGCAGUCAAACUGUCACAAAUCUUGUAAAAUAAAUAGUUAUGCAAUUGUAACAAAUGACACAUAAUUAAGGCCUGAUUUUGACUAUUGCAACAGCUGAUGUACUUUGACAAAAUAAAUACAUUUAUUGAUAUUGAAAUGUAAAAACGUUGGCAGUAUGAAUAAUGGUGUGUUUGGUUAUUUUUAAAUGUUUAUGUUGCAUUGUGAUUUUAACUUGUCUCCAUAUUCAUGAACAUCUUUUCUGUAUGAAGUGUCAAAAUUUGCUUUGGAGAUGAUAGGGAAAUGCACAGAACAUGAUUUGUGGGACUGACAUUUUCUUUGACUAGGUUGCCUGGUGAAAUAAAAGAGUUCUCCCAGUGAA